AUGGCUUCUCUACCGUACGGAGUUUCUAAUCUAUGCAGAAGCCAAGAUGUUCUGUCGGUAGCUGUACAAAUUCGUCCGACUGGUCGACAAAUCACAGGAAGAACCAGAGCUGCCAAGAAAAUGUUGUAUAAUGGAUUGUCAUCAUCAUCAGUAGAGAAGAGAGUCAGGACACAAAGAAAGAGAUGUAGAGUGCGCUCAGAAUCAUCUACUGAAACUGAAGAAGAUUCUGCUACAAAAACCAAGAAGACGCCGUUUGGAUACACAAGGAAGGAUGUUCUCUUGAUAGGAGUGGGAGUGACUGCACUUGGUAUCGGGCUAGAGAGUGGCCUUGAGUAUGUGGGAGUAGAUCCUUUGCAAGCAGGUAAUGCUGUGCAGCUGAUACUGGUUCUGGGUUUGACACUUGGUUGGAUAUCGACUUAUAUCUUUAGAGUCGGUAACAAGGAGAUGACUUAUGCUCAGCAACUUCGUGACUACGAGUCUCAAGUCAUGCAGAAACGGUUGGAGAGCUUAUCUGAGGCUGAGUUAGAGGCAUUGAUGGAACAAGUCGAUGAAGAGAAGAGACAGGCUUAG